GAGCUGCCAGCGUGGUUGUGGGUCACCCCUUGGACACCAUCAAGACACGUCUGCAAGCUGGGCAAGGAUAUGGAAAUACACUCAGCUGUGUUCUCACUGUGUACAGAAAUGAGUCUGUGGUUGGCUUCUUCAAAGGCAUGUCCUUCCCUCUGGCCAGCAUCGCUGUCUACAGCUCCGUGGUGUUCGGUGUGUUCAGCAACACGCAGCGGCUGCUCAGCCGGCUCCGCCAUGGAGAGCCGGAUAGCACCCCGGUGCUUGCUGACGUGGCUCUGGCCAGCAUGGUGGCUGGGUUCAUCUCCGUGGGCAUCGGCACGCCUGUGGACCUGGUAAAGAUACGGCUCCAGAUGCAAACGCAGCCGUACAUCCAAGCAAACGUGAAAGUAAACCCCACAGUUCCUGGGUUUCCUGUGUACCGAGGCCCCAUUCACUGCUUCAGGACAGUCCUACAGAAAGAGGGGAUAGCGGGAAUAUACCGAGGCGCGGGAGCAAUGCUUCUGAGGGAUGUUCCUGGGUACUGCCUCUAUUUCAUCCCUUACACACUCUUCUGUGGCUGGAUUACCCCUGAUGGAUGCAUUUCCCCUAAUCCCUCGUCCAUCUGGCUGGCAGGGGGAGUAGCAGGAGCCAUUUCCUGGGGGACUGCCACUCCAAUGGAUGUCGUGAAAAGUCGACUUCAGGCAGAUGGAGUUUAUUUAAACAAGUACAAAGGGACCCUUGACUGUAUCUUGCAGAGCUACCAGAACGAGGGCUUAAAAGUCUUUUUUAGGGGCAUCACGGUCAAUGCAGUGCGAGGAUUCCCAAUGAGUUCAGCCAUGUUUCUUGGCUAUGAACUUUCCCUCAAAGCAAUGAAAAGAGACCAAACUGAGACCAAUCCUUAA